CCCACGAACAUACUGAUAAGAGCCAAGAGAUUUGAUUUACCCUUCGACGACACAACCUGCGUUAGCCAACUCGAUAGAAAUAGAAGCUGUUCAACAUGGGUGACCUAGUUGGCUCUCGAAAGUCGACGAAUGUGAGUGAUUUUUUGUGAUUUGCAUCGUAUCUAUGCAACCGAAAGGCCAAUAAGUUUGUUCUAUUGUGUUUCCUCACUAGUUUUUUUAUCGAUUGUUUGAUUCAUUUCGUUUCUGUUGAUGGCGUUGUGCAACAAAUACAAAACAUAGUCGCGGCUGCCCCCGGAAGUAAACCGAAUAUUGUAUGUGCGAAAUCUUCCCUUCACGAUGACAGCCGAGGAGCUUUACGGGAUUUUUGGCAAGUACGGCGCCGUUUACCAGAUUCGCAUGGGAGAGAAACACAAGGAUACCCGUGGGACGGCAUUUGUGAUAUACGAGGAUAUCUACGACGCCAAGGCCGCCGUGGACCAUCUCUCGGGAUUCAACGUAGCGGGUACGUACGAAAGAUGCACGACAAGGCAUUCAUGUCCUCAAUUCCUCGGUCUUUGCAAUGCGUUGGUUGAUUUCUUUCGAUGCCUUUUCGUUUUGUGAGUUCAUUUGUCUCAUUCACUGCUGCUGUGAUUGCGUCGCAUCAAACUCGCGAUUAGGUCGGUACUUGGUGGUACUGUAUUACCAACCCGCCAAGUUCCAGCGCCGAGCUGAGGCGGAAGAAAAACAAAAAGAGCUCGAAGAAUUGAGACGGAGGGUCCAAAAGAAAAAGGCUCAAAUGGCAGCAAGGGGAGAGAACUGAGUGUUAUAGAGCUGAUCAGAAUUGAUUGAAUUGAAUUGUGCCAUCCUAAUCAAAGCAAUCCGUUAGGUGCAAACGCUAGGGAGGAAUUGCGAUACAAAAUACUGUAGUCUAAAAGGGGGAAAACCUCCAAUUGGCGUGUCACAACUGCUGCUGGUGAAUGCCGACAUGGCAUCAAUCGAACACAACCAAAUGUAUAGAUUUUAUUGGUGUCGAACUAUACAGUCUUCGGCAGACGAUGCAUUGGAAUGAAUGACUGGGAGGAUAAAUAAUCAAAUGAGAUUUGU